AUGACAAGCAGUCACAGCUCCAUGAUGGGGCCUGGCCCCACGGAGAGCUCGUCCCUGAAGCUCUUUGGUGACUUGGAUGACUUCCAUAACUGGACAGAACUGCUACAUUUCUUCAACCACACCUUUUCUGAGUGUGAGGUCGAGCUCAAUGAAAACGUCAAGCGUGUGGUCCUCUUUGUGCUCUACUUGGGCAUCUUUGUGGUGGGCUUAGUGGAGAACCUGCUAGUGAUUUACAUCAACUGGAGAAGCCUGGGCCGGGGUCGGCUGCUCAAUCUCUAUGUCUUCAACAUGGCCGUGGCUGACUUGGGGAUCAUCCUGUCCCUGCCCAUAUGGAUGCUGGAGGUCACCCUGGACUAUACCUGGCUGUGGGGCAGCUUCUUCUGCCGCUUCACACACUACUUUUAUUUUGCCAACAUGUAUAGCAGCAUCUUUUUCCUGACGUGCCUCAGCAUCGAUCGCUAUGUCACGCUCACCUCCUCCUCGCCCUUCUGGCAGCAGCAUCAACACUGGGUGAGGAAGGGGGUCUGUGCGGCUAUCUGGGUCUUUUCUGCCCUCAUCCCCCUGCCAGAAAUCGCUCACAUCCGUCUGGUGGAAGCCGGUGAGCCAAUGUGCCUCUUCUUGGCACCAUUUGAGACGUAUAGUGAGUGGGCGCUGGCCGUGACCCUCUCCACCAUCGUCCUGGGCUUCUUACUGCCCUUUCCGCUGAUGGUCAUCUUUAACGGACUCACUGUUUACCGGCUCUAUCGGGUGGGUCGGCCAGAGGCUCGGCGCCACUGCCUGCUGGUUUGUGCCUACGUGGCUGUCUUUGUGGUCUGCUGGGUGCCUUACCACCUAACCCUACUGCUGCUCACCUUACAUGGCGACCAUAUCUACCUCCACUGCUACUUGGUUCACAUCCUCUACUUCUUCUACGAUGUUAUUGACUGUUUGUCUAUGCUGCACUGUGUUGCUAACCCCAUCCUAUACAACUUUCUCAGUCCCAGCUUCCGUAGCCACCUGAUGGGGGCUGUGGUCCAUUAUAUUCCCAAGGAAAAGGCCCGAAAAGGCAGGGGUUCUUCCUCCUCUUCCAGUACUAAGCAUUCCAUUGUCAUUACUAAGGAGGAAGCCCAAAACAACUAGAUGGGACCCUUUCUCCCUGCUGGCUCCUUCUGCCCUCAUGUCAGCCUACACUUUCAGGCAUGUGCCUCAUCCGCCCUCUUUAACUCUAAACAUCUCAGCUCUCCCCAUCCCUCAAUCUGAUAUGCCCAACCCUGGCUGAUUCCCGUUUCAGGCUUUCUUGCUGAGGAGUGAAAGAGUUAUCCAGACUUAAAAGGAAUAAAACAAACAAACAAACAAACAAAAAAGGGAAAAGGAAGAACUUAAAGGAAAGAGAUGGGGGGUAUUUAUGUACAGUGAUUAGCAGAAAGUGCUUCUAGCAUAUGCUGAAGUGGAGGACAGGUCCAUAGAAUUGUUAGGACCAUUUGUCCAAUUCAAUUGAUCUCUCUGUGGGUUCAGAAUCGGGUAAAAUUCUUCAGAUCUGCAACUAUAUAGGCAGGGAGAAGGGAACCUAAGUGAGAAUCAUCUGGAUCCCUGACUCUGCAAUAACUGGCACUUCAAAGGAGUGGGGGAAGGAGUAAAGGCCAGGGAGAUGGGAAGAGACUUGACAAAGGAAGCUGGAAGCACACCAUCAAUCACCCUGACCAGAAGAAGGACAAACCUGGCAGUAAUAUCAAACUUUUAUUUGUGCAUCUAGAUUAAAUUCAUUGAAUUAUCCUGUAUCUGAGGACAGGAUGCCAGAGGCCAAGGAGCUGGGAGGCCACAAGCAGGAUAUCCCCAAGGCCUCAGUGUUUUGAACUGAGCUUAUAUAUCUUUAGUGUAAGGAUAAGUAAGGCAGAGGUAGGGGAGACAAGAAUGAGGAAGCUGCCUACAAGUCUGGAGUCUGAUGCAAAUGCUAUGAAGCUAUAUCAAGAUUAUACUUCUCCCUCCAAUACUGUUGGAAAUAGUUCAGCUUGAUCUUCAUUACUUGCCAGUCCUCCUCUGCCAUAGAUCAGAAAAGUUCACUAUUGUGACCCAUAGGCCAGUUAUAUCAUUUAAAUUCUGUUCUCCCUUUUAAGACAAAUGUACAAAUGUUUUAUUUUUCUGUGUACAUAUAUCAACAACUUACCUACUCAGCUUAGGGAAGGUCAAGUUAAUCUGAGUAAUUUUAUCAGUAUUAAUGAAAGGUUUUUAAGCUAACCAGAAGUAUCAGACUAAGUCUCUGCUGCCUUUGGCAAAUCCUGGCUUUACAAUUCUCCCCGGGGGAAGUGAACAAUUGUGAAUUUAAUAUCUGGCACAUACUACCUAACCACCUAUUCACCCUGAUUAAAGCAAUCAGAAGAAUGUUUCUUCCAGGAGUUUGUAACCUGAA